AUGGCCCCAAAACGACCCAGUCCUUCGGAGGAGCUUUCUGGACGAGAACGUAAGAAACAGAAAACAGCGCUCGCUCGUACAAUUGCAGUACAGCCCGGAGCAUCGUCACGAGGUUCUGGAAAUGCAGAGGCAGGGUCUUCCAAGUCUGUGCGGUUUGAAAGUAUGAAGGGUCUUCCCGGAGCUGUGGAUGUCGAGCGUUUUGCGGAAGCAAGGGCUUUUGAGAUCAACGCGAUGCACGAGGCUAUGCAGAAUGCCCGAUCUAGCUCCACGACGCGAGCGUGGCAGCAACUACCCCGACACUUGCGCCGACGUGCGGCAAGCCAUGACGUUCGUCGCGUGCCACUAAAACUGCGAGACAAGGCACAAGCCGAGAUGGAUCCUGUCAAGCGCAAAUCACUUGGAAGGCGCAACCCAAAGCAAGGAAAAGCAAGGAAAGUCAAGCGCACGACCGAUCUACUUCGACGGCAAAAGGAUAAAGCGUGGUUAGAGACACACAUAUGGCAUUCCAAACGUAUGCAUAUGGAGGAAAUGUGGGGAUAUAGACUCGCUGUAACACCUACAGAGAAGUCCUUCCGACCAUCCCAUAGAGCUUCUAUACACGGUUCAAUAUUGCAUGAUGCAUCUUACUACGCCGUAAUUGAGCUUAGAGGUCCCGAGGGUAUUUUACGGUCAACCUUACACCGCUGUUGUGACUGUCAAGGUCCUAGUCCCGGUGCAAAACGCUUUCUCGCAGGCGCGCGCACCAUCGAAACUUCUGUGUACGCAUACGAUAAGUAUCCCUACGACUUCAUCGCUCCCGUAACCCUCCUGUGGCGCGCCGAACCGUCCUCAUCCAAGUCAGAGCAGGCGCCGUCCAUAACCCGAGGCCAGGGCAAAGGGAAGGGAAAGAAGAAAGGGAAAGAAAAAGAAAUCCUCAACGACGACACGCCGCUUCCAGGCUUCGAGCAGCGAAUGCGCACCAUCUGGAUCCGUGUCCACCCUGCGGUAACAGAAGAGGUCCAUAAGGCCCUCCGCACAUCCGCAUCUUUCGCACUUGAAGCGGCCAAGCAAAAGCAAGGUGAACACAUCGCGGAGGUCGAGAUUGCUGACCUUCGAGAACACUUCAACAUGUUCGACCUCGUGGGACCGAAGGCUAGCCAAGUUAUCAAAGGCGCGCUCAAGCCAGUCGAGGGCGACCAAAGGGCAGACUUCAAGCAGUUCUGGUCCACGCUAGACCAAAUACAAACUGCCGGUUCCAUGCCGCGAGGCAUGGUUAUCGGGUUUACUGUGCACGACCCUCGCCUCAGCUUCCCGCCGGCGAACAUCAAGCUCCAGGUUCAGGAAGGGACGAAUCUAUCUGUCGGGUCCACCGUCUUUCCCUCUGGUGUGCUUGCACAGAGCCAAAUAUGGAACGAAGACACGCGACUGGCGUUGCGCAAACCGCGGUACCAGAAGAAAGAUAUCGACUCAAGACGAGCCGAGCUUCUAGUUCCAGGCACCCCCCUUAAGGCCGAAAGGAACGACGAACGUAUCCCGGUUCUCCUCAUCCAACGCUCAAUCGAGCCCUCCGCUCCCUCCGCAGACCGCGACACCUCCCGCCUACGUUUGACGACCACCACGUCCAUUCACGGUUGGACGCUCGUCGUGCCUCAGGGCUGGGGCAUGCCGUUCUUCUCCUCGCUCACCCACACCGGCACGCGCACUGGUGGCCAGCGCGAAUGCCAGACGCAAACGUUCGAGGCCGGCUGCCCGCAUUUCCCCCGCGACUUCCCCGCGUGCUCCGCGUACGCGGAUCACGCUGCCGCUGCCGCGGACGAAGCACGUGCAUUCUGGGAACGCCGUCCACCCGCGAAGCGGCCAAACUACGCGAAGCUGGGCACUCGGAGCCCGUGGCGGCCGGACUGGCGGGUCGUGCUGGGGCUCGAGGAGCCCGCUCCCGAACCCGAACCCGCUCUGGACAACGACGAGGUGUUCCUCGACGCCCAGCGCGAAGUCGACGCGACUCCUACCCCUGCCCCCGCUCCCUUCUCCGAGCAGGCUCCGCCGCCGGGCCCCAAUACCCCACGGGUGGAGGAGUGGCUUCUCCGCGGCCCAGACGUCCCCGCUCUCCUCGCAACUGUCGCGUCGAUGCUCAACCCGGCCUCGGGCCUCCUAGUGCACCUCAACCAGCUUCGCGACAAGCGCGGCCUCCUCCCACUCUCCGCCCGCGCGGAGGACAUGAUGCGCGGGGCGCUCGUGCACGUUGGGUUGAAGCUCUGCGGGCGGGGGUGCCCGGACGACAUGGCCGUCAUAUACGGAGUCGCGGACGACGAGGCGCGGGAGUGGAUGACAGCAGAGGCGAGGAGGAAGAGCGGAGUUGUGGGUUUGCCUGAGGGGAAGGACGAGACCGAGCUUUCGCAAGUCGCUCCGGACCGGGACGCCGUGAUUGGGUAUAUCACCACGGGGAGCUUCUCGCUCUCUCUUGGUGAAGGGCAUGCACUGGGGGCAAUUCCAUUCUCUCGGUAUCUGGCACUGAGGGAACAAGCUCACAGGUUGCGCAACGGGUCGAACCUCUUGGUGAAGCUCCGGAAUCGAGACGAGACGGUUUGCCGAGCGGCUUAUGUUGAACUGCUACAUUAA